AUGACAGAGUCACAGUUCCCCCUCGCACCUGGGAGUGAAGUAUCCUUGACGUGUAGCACUGGACACACUCUGACUGGAGCCAGCACUGUCACGUGUAUUGAGGAAGAUGAUUUCUCCUUCAACGAAGAGCCUUCUUGUGUGUUAGACGAAUGCAGCAAACUGCCGAACAUCCAGAACCUAGGAACAACCACCCAAUUUCCUGUUCCCUACGAUACCCGGGUAACAGUGCAUUGUGAUGCUGGGUACUCUCUUGUAGGUGGUGACAUCAUCACAUGUAUCCAGGAUGAUAACUAUCAAAGUAUUGAUGGUCAACUUCCUUCUUGCGAAGAAAAUUUCUGUUCCGGCGUACCUCCUGAUAUUUCACAUCUAAAGUCGAGCACGAUUUUCCCUGUGAGUUACGGGAUAGUUGUGUCAGUGAGCUGUUCGGAAGACAACGAAUUAAGGGGCGACGAAGUGAUCACCUGUAACCAGGGUGUUCGUUUUGUUUUCCAGGAAAAACCUAAAUGCAAUGAUGUCGGAACUUGUACGGAGUUGCCGAUAGGAGGACACUUAAAAACAGACUCUGUAUUCCCGGUGAAGAAAGGAGCUGAGAUAUUCGUGAACUGUGUUGAGGGGUUCACCCUCACUUCAGGAGACAGAACGAUAACCUGUGUACAAGACGCUGACUAUACCUCAUCGACUCAACUUCCAACUUGUAUCAUUGUGGACCACGGAACAAUAGUGGAAAUGGACUGUAUCCCGGGGUACAGUCUGUCAGGGAGCAGACUCAUCACCUGUAUUAAGGACAAGAAUUGGGGUUUCUUGGAUUCUCCUCAGUGUAUUUUAGAUGCGUGUCCAGAACUACCAUCAGCUGUUUCAGACAUGACAACAACCAGCACCUUCCCCGUGAUAGUAGGAACUGUGGUGGAGGUGAACUGUAAGCCGGGUCACACUCUCGCCGGAGACAACAGCAUCACUUGUAUCAGAGAUUUUUCCUUCAUAAUCAGUCAACGUCCUACCUGCACCAUAGAUCGCUGCACCGGUAUGAUGAUUGAAAACUACCUUUCAACUGACGCUACAUUUCCUAUCACAUACGGAACUGCGAUCACAGUAGUCUGUGAUCCUGAGUACUCGCUGACGGGCAGUAAAGUGAUAACAUGUGAGAAAGGGAUUGUAUACUCUCACCAGUCUUCACGUCCUAAAUGUGUUAACUCAGGUGAAUGA